AUGUCUACAGCAAAUACAGCGGCGGCAGAUGGUGACGUUGCGAUGGUAGAUGCUCAAACCAACGUUGUUCAGGAAGAGGUGCUUUAUGACAAGAGACUUGAUUUGUUGAACUCAUUGUCUAAACCACAGUUCCAAUGGCAAAUUCUCACAGAUGAAUAUGUUGCUGAUAUUGACGCCAACAUUGGUAAGCUAGCAGGUGAUAUUUACUCAGAUUUUGAUCGAGCUGAAGCAUUAUUUUAUGAAGUUAUUUACAGCGCGAAGUAUCAUGAAGAAAGAUUACCAAUAGAUAAACUGUCAGCUAUACUAAAUGCUACUGCUGAACUGAGAGAAGCACAAACUCUGUUUUUCAAAUUCAUAUCAAUAUUCAAUACUUUCAAAGUCGAUGAGAAUUUGUUAACUUUGAUCAAGAAAUUCCAUAAAUUACCUUCAAGAGAAAUGGGUAGAUAUUUAGGUGAUGAUAACUUGGUAAAGAAACUGAACAUGAUCAAUGAGUAUUCAAAACACAAUAAAGACUAUAUCAUUAACAACUUCGUCGAACAAAAGAAAUUCAAUUUGUUACAUGAAGCUUCCGAAGGUUAUUCAAAAUUAAUUGCAUUUCUUUAUGAAGUGAUAAAAUCAGAGGAUGCAAAUUUUCAAGUUACAUAUGCAAAUAAUAUUAUUGAAAGAUUCAUCGGUCAUUACAAUCUAGAUCCAACUAAAGUACUUGAUAUAUUAUUGGAUCUCUUUAUUCAUAAUAUCAUUAUAAAUUAUAGAUUUUGCUUGGAGUUAUUGAAAUCAUCUCAAUGGUGGCCAGUUAACAACGAAGCUGACUGUACAACUUUAGAAGGCUUGAAUAAAGGUGGUAACCAAGAAGCAGCAUUCUUGAUUGGGCUAAAAUUCAAAGAUUAUGUUACAAAGCUAAAAGAUUUACCUGAGACCAUGAAAUUUGUUGUUGGUAUUCUUAUAAAAGAGGGAUUCAUAUCGUUUGGUUCUGUCUACAAAUAUAUUGGCCCAGACGAGGAAACAAUGUCAAAAUUUGGUGAUGAAAUUGCAAAAGCUAUCGAUGAUGAGAUUUUAAAAGCUUCUGCAAAUGCACUAGCCUUAAGUGGUCCAUUAGUUGACGAUGAAGAUGAAAAUGGGACAGCUUCCAAGUCUACUGCCUCAGCUAGAAAGGACAAUAGAAAAGCAAAUAUCCCUGAUGCUAAAACUUUGAAUCAAAAAUUACAGAUGUUGAAAUCGUUUUUAUCUGUUGGUUUAUAUUGGCCUAGUGUUUAUAUUUUAACAAAAUAUCCUUUCUUAGUACACGCUGAAAAGGAUAUAGUACCAAUAAUGUUAAGACUUUUCAAAGAAAUUGUGUCCCCUUUGAAACAGAGAAUUUCAGUUUUAACAAAUGAUGAGCUCAAGGAAUUAAAAUCACAAAAGAGUACUGCAUUUGUUAGAAGAACAGGAAAUGUGUCAUUUGAAGAAUUUGUAUACCAAGAUGUUGAGAUUUUUAAAGUAUUACACCAAAAUCAUACAAACAAAAGAUUCAUUUUCUUUUAUAGAGAAUGGUCAGAAAAGAUUCCAAUAUCAAACACAUUUGAAGAUUUAUUCAAAAUCUCAUCAGAAUUUUUAUCACUUGCUGGUGCCAAAAUUGGUGAAGAUCCUGAGUUCAUCUCUUUACUUUCAAGGUUUGGUGUUUAUGACCUAGAGCAAUCCAAAGAUCAAGAAAACUAUGAAGAGAAAUUAAAUGAUUGGUUUGAAUAUUUCAGAAAAUACAUAUUUCCAGCCACAUCCGUCGUCGUGGAAAAUUCUGUUACAACAUCUGAUGCAUUUGAGUUAAUGAGCAAAUUUCCAAUCCAAUGGAGGUAUAAUCUAUAUGGUGAGCUUGUUAAUGUUAUCUCUAAAAAUAAUGAUGUUGUUAGACUGAACUAUUCUAAAGCUGAAAAGCAAACAAAGGAUGCACUAAAGAGAAUCACAACUGAAAAUGUCAAAUCAAUGAUGAGAAAAUUCUCCAAAAUUGCUUUUGCCAAUCCAUUACCUUCAUUCUUAGUUAUUGUAACACAAGUUGAAAGUUAUGACAACUUUAGUGAUUUAAUUGUUGAUGCUGCUCGUUUCUUUACUGAUUAUGCUUGGGAUGUUUUACCAUUUGUGUUGUUAAUGAGAUUGACUACAAGAAGACAAUUCGUUCAAUCAGAUGGUUUGAAUGAUGCACAAUGGCUUCAAUCUUUAUCCACAUUUAUUGCAAAACUUGCCAAAACCUAUGCCUCAAUGGACCUCACGCCAAUCUUGACCUAUAUCAUCAAAGGUUUACAUGCCAAUAAUACUAUUGGUCUUACUAUCUUGAGAGAAAUUGUUAAUCAAAUGGGUGGUAUUCAACAACGUUCCAACUUAUCAGCCACUCAAAUUCAGCUUUCAAAUUCUGGGGAAAGUUUACAAAAAAGUAUCAACAAGGUCAUUUUUGACACAAGAGAUGAAUGUACACUUCCAGCGUUAAGAUUAUUAAACUCAUUGAUCAAAUCUGGAUUUUUAUCGGAGUCAUUGAUUUUGCUUUUUGACUUUCAAAAGAAAUUGAUUGAAGACAGUGGUGAAGAUGCACAUUUUAAAGUUUUGUCAAAUCAAAAUGAUGAAAUUGUCUCAGUAUUACAUACCUAUAUUGAAUUGAUUAAAUACUUUCUAAGAUCAAAACCUGAAGUAUUUAAAGAAAAUAUUACCAGUGCUGAAGACUUAAUCAAGAAAUUUGGUAUUGAUAUACCUUGGGUUUUCGAACUUUGGAGAUCUCAUUUAGAUAUCAAGAAACCCGAAGCUGCUGGUCUUGCAGAUUUGAAGCUACCACACUUAUCACCAUCAUUAUACACUGCAUUCUGGACUUUAUCACUCUAUGAUAUAAAUUAUGAUCAAAGUUUAUAUGCCCAUGAAAACCAAAGAUUUACAGAUUCCAUUAAUUCUGUUAAAGAGAAACUGGCUCAUGCCAAAAAGGAGUUAUACACUGCUGAAGUUAGAGAUAAAGAAAUUAAACUGAGAAAAGAACGUGAGUUUUUCGAACAAAUUUUGUCUCAGAUUCCAGUUGAUGAAGAAAAACAUAAGGCUCACACUGAAAAGGUAUUGGAAGAUGUCAAUUCAUUAGCAGCUGAUUGGUUCAAAGUCAAAGAAGAUCCGACAGUUGAGGAAAUGCAAAAAUUUUUCCAAACUUGUAUAAUACCUCGUGCUCUUCAUUCAGAAUCAGAUGCUAUUUUCACAGGUAAAUUUUUAACAAAAUUGUUCACUACAGAUGUUAGUAAAAAACUUGUUUCAGUUUUAUUUGAUUCUGACUUCUUGGAUACUUUGAUCUACACAAUUACACCAUUGGAAUCGGAAAAUUUAGGUUUUUUCCUUGCUGAAGUCUUGGGCCAUUAUGAAAAAUUGAGAAAUGAAGAAGAUGCUGAUAACGAUACCAAGAAGCUUAUAUUCAACUGGCAACAACAAGUUCUGUUUAGCAUUAAGCUCAAUAUUGAAAGUGAAAACUACAUGUCACGCAGAAAUGUUUUCACAUUAUUAAAGAACUUGAUUACAGUUUAUCCAGUUGUUGAAGGUCAUGGUGAAAGUGUCGUUAAAAGUAUUGAAAAGGUUUCUAAUAAAGAAGAAAGACAAGAUUUAAAAUUAGCCUCAGACGCUAUUUUAGCUCAUAUAAAAUCACGUUCCAAAAAAUGGAUUCAUGCUUGGGAAUUUUAUGAAUUUGAAGAGGCUGAAAAGAUUAAAGCUAUUGAGAAAAAAGAAUUACUGAGACACCAACAAGAAGAAAGAAAACAAGAAGCUAAAAGAGCCGAGAUCCAAAAGCAAAAACAAGAACGCGAAGCUGAGUUGGCCAAACGUGCUGCUAGUCGUCCAGAAAGCAGACCAGAAAGCAGACUUGAAAGUCGUCCAGAAAGCCGUUCUGAUAGUCGUACUAGUGAUGCUGAUACAAAUUCAGAUAUUCGCCUGCGUCCUAGAUUUGAAGAUUCAAGAGAUGAAGAAGGUGAUUCAAUAAUGGAUGAUUUUGAUAAGAAAGACGAUGAAGAUAUUGAAUUAGAAAACAAAAAGGAAAAAUCUGAACCACUGAAAGCUACUGAUAAUGGAAAACAGUCUGUACCUGCAAAAUCCGAGCCUGUUGAAUCUGGUAAAGAAAAAAAGGAUGAAGAAGUCAGUGUUAAGAAAGAAAAAACUGAAAAUCAUGAAGAUAAAAAAGUCAAGUCAAAAGAACCGGACGUUAAAGAGGAUGAAGAUAAAGAUAAAGCUAAAACUGAAGAUCAAAAGAAACCUGAAGGAACUGAAAGUGGAUCAGGUACAAAAAGAGUCGAUACUUAUAUACCAAACUCCAAACCAUCUAUUCCUUCAUCACCAGCUGAACGCCCAGAUAAUAGAUUGAAGAGAAGAUUUAAGGAUGUGACAGUGGGUACUCUGUCAAAUGAUGAAAUUGAAAAUAAAUUGAAGUCAAUCAAAUUUGCUAUUAUUGAUGGUGACUUUAAAAGAUUGAAAUCAUUUAUAGAUGAUCGUGAAGUUGUUCGUGAUCUUGAUUCACUGACUAAAAACUCUAAAGAUUUUGGUGCUGAGUUUAAAGCUUUAAUUGUUGAUUAUGCUAAAAAAAUAGCUGGUCCAUCUUCUAUUCAUGUUACCAACUUUCAAAAGAAUAUCAAUAAGACAGAAGUAACUACCGCUCACUUCAAAAUGGAGUUACCUUCAAGACCACAAAGAAGACCAUUGCCACCUCAAGAAGCAAUUACAGGAAAUACUAGUCGCCCAGCUGAUAAAUGGGGUGUUAAACCACCUUCUGGUCCUGCAAGUCAACCUUCACAAAGACGUGAAUAUAAUCAAGGAUAUCGCCAAGCAUCUACCCCCAGCUCUUAUACCCCGAAGUUCAAUCGUUUCCGUUCAAAUCAAUCAUCAACUAACUCUCGUGUUCCACCACCACCACCACCGCCAGCUCCAUCAUCAGGACCAAAUCAAAACAAUAGAAGAUAUGACAAAGGUGGUAACUACAGGGAUUUCGGGCCUUAUAACAGAGAAAAGAGAACCAGAAGGUAA